GAUUAAACUAUAUUUAGUCGACAACAUUUACAAUAUAUUGAAGUGUUGAUAGAUUCCCAGUCGUCAAAAUGUUUAACAUUGUGUAUCGCGUCUGUUUAGUAAUUAUUGUGUUAUUUAAUUAUAAAAGUCAUUCGAUUGAAAUAAAUAGAAAAUAUGCGGAAGAUCAAUACACUCAAGACAGUCACAUCUUGGAACCCAUUGAAUAUGAUUUUGAGAUCAAGGAUAAUUCUGUGAAUUUAAACAAAAACGAAGAAAACCAUUUACAUUAUACAGCUACGCCGACAUAUGAAAGUAAAUAUGAAGAAAGUUCUAUAAUAUCCGUGCUCCGUAGUUCGAAGAAAGAAGAUGAGGAUACUUUAAUUAGGAAGCAACGUGUCACCAGGGAGAUAAAGGCAGGAAAUUCGCAAUUGUAUCCACAGUUGUAUCCAGGAUCUACUCCUUCGUAUAAUCAAAAUAUACAAUAUUACAAUGCUCAACAUAAUGUUUCAGGAAAUCCUUAUGGCUCUAUAAAUUAUCCUGGUUACACAACUCCUGCGUACAUAACAGAUAAUCGUUCAAAACGGCCUCAAUAUCCAUAUAAUACACAACCGUCAAAUGGUCCGUACAACAAUUUUAAUAUAUCCAGUACCAAACCAGGAUUAGCAUUAAAUAGUUAUAAUUAUACAUCUCAUAGACCAUAUUCGGUUUACAAUAACAUUUCUUCAGGUUAUCCAUCUCAUUCGCAAACUCCAAAUGCUAAUUACUACAAUAAGCAGCCCAAUUAUUCAUCAUAUAAUCAGAAUCCAAGGCCUUAUUAUAAUUCAACAACAUAUGGACAGUACCCAUCAAAUAGUUAUAAUCCUACUGGUUAUCCAAAUCGUCCCCAAGUUCCACAUAAAAAUAGCAAUUAUUCGAACCCAGGGUACCCAUCAUAUACACAGGGAUUAAGGCCUUCUAAUAAUGUCACAUCAUAUGGCCAUAGUCCAUCAUAUGGUAAUACCAAUUCUUAUAACAAUACUCCGUCCUUCGUUAAUUCUCCUCCAAAUUAUCCAUUUCGUUCUCAAGUUCCUUAUUAUAAUAAUUCAGGUACAAGUUACCCUUCAUACAUACAGAAUUCAAGAACUACUUAUAACGUAACACAGAAUGGACAGUAUCCAAUAAGUCAUACGCCACAUAGUGGAUACCCAUCUACGAGUAAUAAUACUUGGAAUUACAAUUAUCCGAGAUCUAAUUUAACAAAUCAAAGACCAUAUAACGAUAGAUAUCAUCAAUCUUCCGGCAAUUCUUUUCAAAAUUAUCCGCAAAAUCAAGGACAAAACUCUUUUGGUAGUAAUCCUUAUCAGUUUAACCAGACAUCCAAUUAUGCAUAUCCAUAUAAUACAAAUCCUGACCAAAACUUUUUUUAUCCCACGAAACGUAACAAUGGAACCUACGACCCGAAAAAUAAUGAUCCGAGUAAUCUCUCUCAUUAUUAUUAACAUAUUUAAAAAAAAAAGGAAAUUUUCAAUACACCUGUUCGUAAACUAGAUAUUAAAUUAAGUGUAUAAUAUAAUGUAAUAUAUUGCAAAUGGUAAAGCUGUAUUCCAUAACCGCACUAUAUGCUAUUUUCCUAACUCGCCCGCCGCGCGGCUCCACCCAAUAGGUAGCGCGCUAAUUUAAAAAAAUAAAAAGGCGGGAAAUGAAAAGUGUGCAUCAGAGUUUUAUGGUUGCCUUUAUUUAAAAUCAACUGUAAUGAAAAAUGUUGUACGAUAAAUAUGCGUAUUUAACAUACUUGGCUCUAUUACGACUUAAAUUCCGUCUCGUGUGUACCGUACUUAUAAUAUUUGUACUUUUAAAUAAUGAAUAUAAGGUGAAAAUUUUAUUACUAUUGUCAUGGUGUCUGAAUAUAUGCCAAUUAUACUAUAUA